AUGUCAUCAAUCAUCACGUCCAUCAAAGACCUUAUUGCCUCUAUAUUCGAAGUCAUAUUUUCCAUAUUCCGCACGGCAUUUGAUGCAGUGUAUGGCUUGCUUCAUGCAUGCAUCGGAUUUGUUGUGGGGACCAUUAAGAUGGCGCUAUAUACGGUCGGAGAUAGUUUGAAAGCCCUAGGUGGAGUUGGCAAAUUCAUCGCCAGCAAUUUUGUUGUCAUCGCACUGAUCGCUGGUGGCGCAUACGGCUAUCUACAAUAUCAACGUCGUCAAGGACGCACUGUCAGAGUUGGGGAAAAGAAAUUGAAUUAG